AUGAAAUCGGCGUUUUUGCUUGCGGUAUUGGUGCCUACAGUGGUGGCUCAGUGCUCGUUCAAAAAGGAAAACCUUGUUUCCAUUUUUAAGGUGAAAGGCAACACUGUAUGGGUAGAAUUCAUUAACAAAAACAUUACAAAUGGGCAUUGGACAGGUAUCGCUUUCGGAGAGAACAUGCGUAACCUUGAAAUAGUGGUGGCAAAAAUUAUUGGCAACGAAGCAUCCUUGGUUACCGGUAGCACGUUUACCUAUGGAGGAGUGAUGUUAGAUCCGAUGCCAUAUGUUGAGGAAAAAUUACUCAGCUACAAAAAUAAUCAAUUGAAAUUUGGUUUCACUCGGCCUUGGGGAAAAAAUGGACCACGAGAGCACUCUCUGAAAGAAUGUCAGAAAUGGCAUAUGAAUUCCAUACUUCUGCUAACGUUGUUGGUGCCUACAGUAGCGGCGCAAUGCUAUUUCAAGAAGGACAACAUCGUCUCCAUAUGGAAAGUGAAAGGUAACACCUUAUGGGUAGAAUUCAUCAAUAAAAACAUCACAGACGGACAUUGGACAGGUAUUGCCUUCGGAGAGAAUAUGUAUAAACUCGAAAUUGUGGUGGCAAAAAUUAUGAACAACGAGGCAUCGCUAGUGACGGGCCACACGUACUCUUACGGUGGAGUAAAAGAAGAUCCGAUGCCAUCUGUCGAAGAAAAAUUACUCCGCUACAAUUCUAAUGUAUUGAAAUUUGGUUUCACUCGACCUUUGGGAAAAAAUGGACCACGAGAGCACUCUUUGAAGGAAUGCCAGAAAUGGCAUUUCAUGAAGGAAGGCGACAUAGUUGCUGGUGACCUUUUCUCUCACAAAAGAGCGACAGAUUCGAUGAACGUCUGCUUGAAGGACUGUAUGUGGCAUGUCAUCUGA